AUGUCUGUAAAAAUGACAGCGGCCCUGCUCCUGAUCCAGCUGAGUGGCUUCUUUGGAUCUGGGAGUGGUGGGAAGGUGCUGGUAUGGCCAAUGGAAUACAGCCAUUGGCUCAACUUAAAGACAAUCCUAGAUGAGCUUGUGAAGAAGGGACAUGAAGUGACCGUUUUGAUACCCUCAACUUCCCUUUCUUAUGGGGUUGAGGACGCAUCUGCUAUUCAGUUUGAGAUGUACCCUUCAUCCUUUCCCAUGGCUGAUUUGGAGGAAUUUUUUGUGGGCUCACUCAGGAAAAACAUUUAUGAGCUGCCAAAGCAAUCAUUUUGGAGAUACUUUUUAAUGUUACAAGAAAUUUUUUGGUUAGGCUCUGACUUUUCUGAGAGUCUCUGCAAAGAUGUAGUUUUUAACAAGGAACUCAUGACAAAACUACACAAUUCAAGCUUUGACGUCAUGGUAGCAGAUCCCUUCCUACCCUGCGGUGACCUGCUGGCUGAGCUUCUCAAGAUACCACUUGUGUACAGUCUCCGCUUCUUUCCUGGAUCCACAUAUGAAAAGUACAGUGGAGGACUCCCACUGCCUCCUUCCUAUGUGCCUCCUGCUCUGUCAGAAUUGAGUGAUCGAAUGACAUUCAUGGAGAGGGUGCAAAAUGUAAUCUACGUGCUGUGUUUUGACUUUUGGUUCCAAACUUUUAAUGAGAAGAAGUGGAAUCAGCUUUACAGUGAAGUAUUAGGAAGACCCACAACACUCAUCGAGAUGAUGGGGAAGGCAGAUAUAUGGCUCAUUCGAACCUACUGGGAUUUGGAAUUUCCUCACCCUCUCUUACCAAAUUUUGAUUUUGUUGGAGGACUCCACUGCAGACCUUCCAAGCCUCUGCCAAAGGAAAUAGAAGACUUUGUACAGUCAUCUGGAGAACAUGGUGUUGUGGUGUUUUCCCUGGGGUCCAUGGUGGGUACCCUAACAGAAGAAAGGGCCAAUAUGAUUGCAGCAGGCCUUGCCCAGAUUCCACAGAAGGUUCUUUGGCGAUUUGAAGGCAAGAAGCCAGACACCUUGGGCUCCAACACUAGGCUCUACAAAUGGAUCCCACAGAACGACCUUCUCGGUCAUCCUAAAACCAGAGCUUUUAUAACUCAUGGUGGCACCAAUGGCAUCUAUGAGGCGAUCUACCAUGGGAUCCCUGUGGUUGGCAUUCCUUUGUUUGGAGACCAGUUUGAUAAUGUUGUUCGUAUGAAGACCAAAGGAGCAGGUGUUAGACUGAACUUUCUCACAAUGUCCAGUACAGAUUUGGUUGAUGCAGUGAAGACAGUCACAAAUGACCCUUCCUAUAAGGAGAAUGCCAUGCGGCUAUCAAGAAUCCACCACGAUCAGCCAGUGAAGCCCCUGGACAGAGCUGUCUUCUGGGUUGAGUAUGUCAUGCGCAACAAAGGAGCCAAACACCUUCGUGUGGCAGCACAUGACCUCACCUGGUUCCAGUACCACUCUCUCGAUGUGUUUGGAUUCCUGCUGGCCUGUGUGGUGACUGUGAUGCUCAUCAUCAUGAAGUGUUGCCUCUUUUGUUGCCGGAAGUUUGGUAAAGCUGGAAAGAAGAAGAAAAGGGAGUAGCUGAAGUGGGGAGGACAGACACACGGACCUCCCCCAGUGCAUCCCGGCAAGGGAUGCUCUGAUGGCAGGAUCCUUCAUCCUGUGACGAGACAGGUUUUCUCUCCUUGACUCAUCAAAUCACAACAUUGUUUAUAGAGUUUUAAUACAUGACUAUAUGUUAGAAAUAUUUUUGGUCACAGUGCAAGAAAGUAGGAAAAAUUAAAGAUCAAACUAUAUCAGUGCCUCUUAAAAAAAUAUUUCUGUGGUGCUGGAGAAGUGGUUCCAAGGUGAAGAGUACUUUUUGUUUUUGUAGAGUGAGUUUUAUUUCCAACCCCCACAGGUGGCUCACAACCAUCAGUAAUUUCAAAGUAUCUGGUGCCCUCUUCUGACUCCUUCAGGCAUUGCAUACACAUGAUAUGCAUACACACAUGCAGGCAAAAACACUCAUACACAUAAAAUAAAAAUAAACGAAUCUUUAAAGAACUGCUGUAAGUUCCAUGUUACACUGCCAUAAUUUAUCAGGCUUAAUUCCAGUUCAUAAGUUAAUGAUGGACAUAAGGGCCUUCAAAAAUCCACACAUAGUAUCCAUAUUGUUUUGCAAAUACUCAGCAUGUGUUAGCUACACAGAUGCAGAAGUGUGUGGUUUUUAUUUUUUUUCCCAAACAAGAUGUCAAAAGAUUUAUACUUUGUGGUGGUUUGAAUCAAAAUGGCCCCUGUAGGCUCCUAGGGACUGGCAUUAUUUGAAAGGAUUAGGACUUGUGACUUUGUUAGAGUAGGGAUGGCUUUGUUGCAGGAAGUGUGUCACUGAGGGGUGGGCUUUGAGGUUUUAGAAACUCAAGCCAGUCCUAGUGGCUCACUCGGCUUUUCCUGCUGACUGCCAAUCCAGAUGUAGAAUUCUCAGCUCCUUCUCCAGCAGCAGGUCUGCCUAAGCGCCACCCUGCUGCCCACCAUGACAAUAAUGGGCUAAACCCCUGAACCGUAAGCCAUCCACAAUUAAAUGCUUUCCUUUGUAAGAGUUGCCAUGGCUGUGGUGUCUCUUCACAGCGGCCGGGGCACUGACUAAGACACUCUUCCACUUGGUUUUGUUGAGCAAGGGUGCUGCUUUGCUUGUAUUGCCCUCCCGCCUCAGCACCGCUUCUUUUCUAAGGGACUCGAAGCUGUGUUUACCUCUUUCCUGCUGAAGUCUUCUCACAGUUAAAUGCAUUCACAAGGAGAUAUAGUGUUUCCAUACCUGCUUCCAGCUAUCACAGUAAACUAUGUAGGGACCAUGCCGAUCUCAAAGGUCUGUGCUGCCACCCGGGGCCAGGGCCAUGGUUGGUGACAUCCAGGUUCAACCUGCUUCUGAUGGCCAUGUCUGGGUCUGUGGUCCUGCCAUAGCUGGAGUCUGUGUUGAUGUUCACGACCUGUGUUACCACAGGGGCCCAUGAGAACCAUGUGUUGAACCAUGUGUUGAAGUACAGGGCCAUGCUGAGCCACACUCCCCCUCACCAGAAAGCUAACCCUACCCUUCUCAGGCCCUGGGAUAAUGGACCCCAAUGACAUGGGAAAGUUGGUCCCAUCUUUCGCCAUGGGCAUGGCAGAGCCACUCACCUGAUUGGGGUGGUCCCAGUAGUCUGGUCAGAACAACCCAGCUACCACCCAGACACACAUCCUGGGCUCUAAGUGGGCACUCCCCCAUAUCUACCCCAUCUAUGACCUGCUGGAGUAUAUGAAGGGACUGGUCCUAUGGAACCAAAGCCACAGGAUCUCCAUGACUCGGGGCAACUGUAUUCUGUUAAACCCAGCCCACUAUGCACCAA